GCGACCGUCGCUGCUGCUGCCUCACUCGCUACAAGAAUGGCAGCUCGUGGAGGCUUUUUCCUUUCUCUUCUCAACUACAAGACUGAGAAAUAUGUCAUUGCAGAAAACAGGAAGAUUGGCAUUUUAUUCCGCCUAUAUCAGCUGGCCGUACUGGGAUAUAUAAUCGGGUGGGUGUUUGUGGCAAAGAAAGGUUACCAGGAAAAGGAAGAAGCCAUCCAGACCUCUGUCCUCACAAAACUAAAGGGUGUAGCCUUGACCAAUGACUCAGACAAGGGACUUCAUCUAUGGGGGGCUGAAGACUAUGUAAUACCUCCAAAUGGUGAGCAAGUGUUCUUUGUAGUAACAAAUUAUAUAGAGACUCCUAAUCAAAGGCUGGGCUUCUGUCCCGAGAGUGACAAGGUGCCAGAUGGAAGGUGUUCGAGUGAUGAUGAUUGUGUGGAGGGAGAAACUGUCAUAGCAGGGAAUGGUAUCAAAACAGGUGUGUGUAUAAACAGCACUGGGACAUGUGAAGUCCACGCAUGGUGUCCUGUUGAAUACAGCCCCAGACCCCAAGAGCCAUUACUGAGUGCAGCCGAAAACUUUACCGUCUACAUCAAAAAUUUCAUCCGGUUUCCAAAGUUUGAUUUCUCUAAAUCAAAUGUGCUGGAAACUGCAGCAGCCAGUUACCUGAAAAACUGCACCUAUGACAGUGAGUCUCAUCCAUAUUGUCCCAUCUUUCGUUUGGGAAAUCUGGUCAGUUGGACAGGCAAUGACUUCCAGGAAAUGGCUGUAAAAGGUGGCUCUGUGGGGAUUCUGAUUGAGUGGAAGUGUGACCUGGAUAAGGACUAUUCACUGUGUAACCCACAGUACAGCUUCACCCGCCUCGACAUGAAUAUCAACAAUUCAGUCACAUCAGGAUACAACUUCAGAUAUGCCAAGUAUUUCAAAGAUCCAAAUGGUGAAUUGUAUCGCACUUUGUACAAAGUGUAUGGGAUUCGCUUUGAUAUUAUGGUCAAUGGCCAAGCAGGAAAGUUUAGCAUUGUCCCCACAAUAAUUGCUAUUGGCUCAGGUGUUGCUCUUGUAGGCGCUGGGGCCUUUGCUUGUGACAUGAUACUACUCUAUAUGAUGAACACCAGCUCUUUUUACAGAGAAAGGAAGUUUGAAAUUAUCAAUUUUAAGAAAGAACGUCAGAAACCGAAAGAUGGGAAGGACAGCAAGGAUGGAAAAGAUUCAAAGUCACACUCACACCGUGAGCGAAGAUCUAAAAAGUCUUCAGUGGAGAAAGAAACAUCCAAUUCAAUCACACAAGAAGAUGAGACUGGAGCGGUGGCACCAGAGAGCCAGAGCUCGUCCGUGGAGAGGCGAGGACCCACUAUUCCUCGCAACACUGGACAGAGAUACUCUGCUCUACUGUCACCAGGACCAGACCAGAAGCAUCAUGUCAGCUUCUCUCCACGCUUUUGACUGUUUAAAGCACUGGUUUAGUGACUUACCAAUGGUGUCAUAGCCAAACUUAUAGGCAGCAUCACUAAUGCCAUGUCAGUACUCUGAUUGGCACAUGGGGAGCUGUACUGCUGUAGGGAUGAACCCUGUUGUACAGAACAGCUUUGGCUGUUAGUGGCAUUAAUGACAAAUCAGCUCUUUAUCUUCAGAGCCAAAUGUCAGCAUUGUGAUGCUGCAUUCAUAUUUACAAACUCUGAUACAAGGUAAUCACCUGGCUUCCUAAAAUUAGACUGGCCACAAGAUGUGCUGAGAAAAGAUAUGUGCAAAAGACAAAAUUAACAUACAUUUACAGAUAACAAUUAGAUCAUAUCUAAUGUUUCAUCUGAAAGAUAUGUAGAACCCUAAUUGUUGUGAUAAAAUAGUUCAUUUCAGGAGAUUGUUGUUCCUUACAGGCAAUUUAGUGAUAGGUAAAUUACCCAAUUUUUAUUCAAGCGUCUUUUUCCAAGCCAGAGGUAGGAUCUUCAGAGUUUUUGAGAAUGCAUGAAUGCAGAGAGUGACCAAAGAAAUCACAAAAAAUGUAAAUCAAUAAGUCAAACGUAGCAAUGGGUAUAUACAAAUCUACUUGAAAUUGUUUCUGAGCACGUUAAAUCAAAAAAAUAUAAUAUACCACUGUGAGCUUGCAAUGUCUAUAAUGUUGAAAAAACAAAUGUGACAGAGGAGCCUAAUGGACAAAUGUAGUUGUUUAAUUUUUAAUUUAUUUAAAUAAUCAUAAUAUUUGUAAACUAUGCUUCAAAGAGAAGUAAUCUGUUACUACAAAUGUUAUGUGGUUUUUACAGUAUUAUUCUCCAGAUAUAAUGUCACUAAAUUUAUAUAAGGACAUACAUUUGACAACUUCAUUGUCCAUACAUUGACAGGUAUAACAGAGCAUAUGUUCAGUCCAAAUUGUAAAUCUAAUUUAACUACUGGGUUAUUUACUAACAAGAACAGAAGACAGCAUUGUGUAAAUUUA